AUGGUUGAAUGGACCGAUACUCAAAUACGUAUCCUCAUCGAUGAGCGUAGAAAUAGAAAUGAAGAAUAUCAUAAUUUUGGAAGAAAUCAAAUCAGAUUUUGGAAUAGCAUCGCAACCAAAAUUAAUCAAGAACAUAAUACGAGCUUUAAUGGAUACCAAUAUAAAGAAAAGUUUAUGAAUCUUGUUCGGGAUUACAAUUUGAUGUACGAUUAUAUGGUAGGGAAUCGAAGAGCACGAAGAAGUCGAACAGGUGCACGAUAUUUUGAUGAAUUCUGUACACAUUUUUGGAAGAGAUCUGAAGACGAUUUUGAUAGAAUCCACAAUAUUAAUAGUUCUAAUCAUAGACAACGUAGAAUUGGGAGGAAUAAUACAUCCAUACUAUCUACUGGGGAAGUUGAACAUGAAUUAGGCCAAACAUUACCAGCAUCUCCAUCUUCACCCCGUGAUGUAAUAAAUACUAAUACAAACAAUCCUAGUGUGAAAAAUCCUGAACAAAAUAUUGAUCAUGCUGGCUCUACUGAAACAUCAUCUCUUCAAUCAUCACCACCACCUUAUAAGGCCACAGAUGAAGCAUGA